GUAAUUCUUUUCAUCGAAUGAAAUUACUUGGAGGAAAUUAUUCCAUGGUAAUAAUAGAGUAAGAAAUGCAUUUGACCCUUUUACUGUAUAGAAGAAACGUAUUAAUAAUGACAUAAUGAAUCCAACGUUAUUACUCGAAAAAGGCAAUAAAGCGAGGGAUAUGACAGUUUUGAAACAAGGGCAGGGAAAGCCACUUCCCUUCACAGCGUGAUAUAGAAUACUUGUGGAUCUACAUAUGUGCCGACCGAGUGACUGACCCACGAUUCCUUUGAGAACUUGCAUAACCGAGCAACGUACACUACAACCGCCUCUCACUUCGUUUGAUGCUGUCCGGGCUGAUUUUGUUCGGGCUAACACGUACCUCCUAUACCGAGUCCGAGGUUGAAAUUCGUUCAGCAGCCCGUGACGAUGUCUGUACGAUCUAGCAGAAGAAAUGGAAUUGUUGUAGAUUUGCACACAAGGGAAAAGUGCCAAUAAUAUGGCAAACACGAUUCUAUUAAAUACCAAGCAGGAAAAAUUCAGAUGAAACGUAGAAAACGUUGGUCAAACUUCUAGAGCAUAAAAGAAAACUAUUAAAAGUGGUGCGACUGUAACUGGAUGGUAUCGAGCGCUGAUAAAAAGGAGGACCAUUAUUUAUUUCUGAAAGUGUAUUACUAUUUAUCAAUACGGCAAGAGAAGAGAACCAAGAAUAUUUUCCAAAGACAACAAACACCAGCAAGACAAAGAGAGGUGUACCCGUGCUUGAUGGAGAGAAUCAGCUGGAAAAAGAUAUCUGGAAUUGUCUUGGACACAUACCGGUUCGCUAAGGGGCCAAUCGAAGGAGAGGCUUUCUCCUGGAUCACGGUCCGUCGGUGUUCCUUCGCACCGAGCCUCCUCGACAUCUGGAGGGGAUAUCUAUAUAGUCUGUCCAUUCCGGCCGAGCCCCUUCAAACUGUUUGCGAUCCUAUGCCCGUGUGCGCGUAUUGCAGAUCUAUCGAGAUCGAAUCGUGAUUAACCGGUGCGUUCUCUCUACGAGAUCCUCUCGGAGAAGCUUGCCAGUUCCUUAUCGAGGGAAGAAUAGCAUAGGAGAGAUUGAAAAAAAGAUUUCUGACGUAGAGAGAGGAGAGCAAAGGGGCAUGGCUCGAUGGUGGUGCGUUGUGAGAAAGUGCAAUAGAGAACAGUAAAGCGCGAAACGUAGCCGAGUCCGGAGGUUUUUCUUUUUUCACCGGAAGUUGGAAAGGAGAGACGCGGGAAUUGGUUGAACAUUACACUGGUACCGGAUAUACCCUGCACCAUGAUCGUGCAGAGGUGUCUAUCGUUCGCAGUACCGAUCUGCUUGAUCCUGUCGAUUGAAUUUGGCACGAUCGAAGGUGAACGAUGGUCGAGACAGGUGUCGAACAGCGAAUGGAUCCCACUGGCAAAUCCCAGGGCCACGCAGACCCAGAUAGAGCAAAAUAAUCCAACCGGACUGCUGGCAAGCGGUAGUGCUCAAGUGCCACAAGUACCACAGUUAUCUCUGCCACCCCCGCUUCAGCAACAGUACCAGGAACAACUUCUGCAGCUGCAGAAGACGCAAGAGAGCAUCCAGAAACUGCUGCUGUUGCAGCAACAAUUGAAAGCACAGCAGCAACUUCUACAGUCUCAGACAUUCCUACCCAGCGGAUUUAGUAGCCAAGAAGAGGACAAGCAGCUUCGCCAGAGUGGAUUAACGAACUCGCAAACGUUACCAGACGUGGCUUCCGGGGAUUUAGUGCCGCCCCUUCCUGCUUCCGAAGCGUUGCCACCGGUGUUUCCAGCGCAGAACUUCUUCCAGCAACGACCCCGACCUCCUCCCACUCCGUCGAAGCAAGAUCUUCCUCAGGAAUUUCUCAAUUUGUCCGGUCAAGAAUUCAAAAGCGGUCAGCUGUUGCCGCAAGGUCAGAACCUUGGAAACGUCGGGCAAAUAGAUGAGAAUCAGAGGCAAGGAGCGAAACACCUGGGAGAAACGCUACCUCAAGGUGUGAAUGCUCAAGAUGAAGAAGAAGAGGUACAGCUGGUGUACGUGCCGGCUGAUACUUUGGCGCAACGAGGUCAGCCGAAAAGAGGACGAGGAAGAAAGCAGUACCCGCACCGUCAACAGCAGCAACACCACCGCGACAAUCAAGGUGUCGAUACCAGCGCCAUCGCGCCCGACCAGGACGCCUUCACUCGCCAAUUGUUGCAGCAAAUACAAAUCGAGGAAAAAGCGCAGUUCUUCGACGAAGAAAGAUUGAAGGAGAUUGCUAGAUUGAACGAGGAGCAAAGGGAGCUCGAAAGGAAUGCUCGUCUUCAGGAAGAAACGAUGCGAAGAGAGCAAGAGUUGCAGAGACAGCGGGAGGCGGAGAAGAAGAGGAAAGAGCUGGAGGAAAUAGAGAAGCAAAGGGAACUGGAAAGAAUCCGCGAGGCCAGAGAGAAGCAGCGAUUGGAGGAGCUGGAGCAAAGAAGAUUAGCCGAGAUUAGAGCGAAGGAGGAGAAGAGAAGAGCCGAAGAAGCAGCUAGGCGAAGAGAGGCUGAGGAGGCAGCUAGACGAAGAGAAGCUGAAGAGGCAGCCAGACAAAGAGAGAUCGAAGAAGCAGCCAGACAAAGAGAGGCUGAAGAAGCAGCUAGACAAAGAGAAGUCGAGAGAUUAGCUGCCUUGGAAAGGAAGAAGGAACAGGAGAUGCAGCGGGCUCUGAAACAGCAACAGCUGUUGGAGAAGCAACGAGAAGAGGAAGCGAGAGUUAGUCGUUUGAGAAACGAGAAUCAGGAACCUCCGGCGCAAGCUCUCCCUCUGAUCAAGGAUCAACAACAACAGUUUCAUCGACAGCACCUAACUGAAACGUCGAAACCAGUGAAAAGCAGGAUCAGAGGAAGGACUCGUCAAAGGCCUCACCAUCAGGAUCAACAGAACUAUCGGGAGAGCACCACUACCCCUGCACCCUCACCUAACCAACCACCUUUGUCAGUGUACAUGGGAAGCCACAGCUCGAAGACAGCUAACGUGAAAGUAUCAGACGUAUUGAAGUUAUUGAAAGACGCAAAGACGAUCGCUGUUCUGGACACCGUCGGUCCAGAUACACCUCAGGUUUUCGUCGGUCCAACAAAUCUCGACCCUCCCACGGGAUACGCCAAGUUCGACCUUCCUUAUCUGUCCUCCAUCGAUCACAACAGAGUAGAGAGGAAGGUGGACAAAUUGCCUUUCUUCGUGGCGCCUCUCAGUUUCGAUCCUCCACCAGGAUACUCCAAGAUUCCUUUCCCGGCGCCUCACAUCGGUUCGGUCGUCGUGAACACCCUGGACAAUAGUGAUCCAAAGGACAGCGAUAACCCGAAUCCGAGUCCAACCCCGUUGAUAGAACCUAACUCUUAUCUGGAUGGCCUGAAUAGCGGUUCCGACUCGACGACUCCUCUGUACGAGCCCCAAACCACCAUUGGCUACUCUCAGGAACACUCGAGCACCCCUAAGUACGAACAGACGUACUCGUCAGCCCCGCCGACCGGAUACUCUGGAUCCAGAUUCAGGUUUAGGCAGUACUAUAGCGACAGCAAGCCAGCCUCUCUGAUCACCACAUCCUACUACGACGAUCAGAGGCCUACGACGAGAAAGCACAAUUAUUACGAGGAUAACGUUAGAACCACUGACAACCCUCUGAUAAAUACCAGAGUGGAGACCUCGGUGAGUCAACAGGAGGAGCUUUCCUAUUCCACUACACCGAGGAUCAAGGACGAAUCAAUUCCUACUCAGGAUCCUUCGACUAAAGCUCAAGAUAUAGCUGCUCAGUUGGCUCUAAUCAAUCAGGAACUCGCUCAACAAAGAGAGACACAGAGAUACAAUACCGCUGGGCAAUUCAAUCGAUACAAUUCUCAGUCUACGACCGGUCUGGGUCACAGUUUCGACGGUGAAAUCGCUUCUGGUGAUAUCAACGAUGUCAGAGGUCCGAUAGGACCCACCCAGUACAAUUUGCCCGCUGAAUUGCCCGCGAUUUCUCCGCAUCUGCCCGGUUUAGUCAAUUCUCUGUUGGAUAAGAACGAGGCUAAACUUCAGGCUAACGCACCGGCUACCACGACAACCACUAGCACUACUACCACUACUACUACUCAACGUACUCCCACGACUACUUACAGGCCACGUAGUAGACAAAGGAGCAGAGUUGCUUCUACGAGACCAAGGACAACGACUCAGACACCGUCUACGAGAACGAACGUGGACAGAAGUCGAAGACCUUAUAACAGAUCCAGGUCCAGAUUCACCACCACCACGGAAGACUACCGUGAAUCUGCUACUUACGAGGCUACUAAAUCCAGAAUACCAGAAACUACAGUGAGGUACAGCACGGAGCAGAGAAGGCCGAUCAGCAGAACACAGAAACACAGGGGUCGAGAUAAAGCGAGUCAACAGGCUGAGGUUCUUCAAAAUCAGAACGUUCAACAAUCAUACGAAAACGUCCCCCACGGCGACUCUGCUCCUCCUGCAACGUCAAACGCUUUCCUCCAACCGACAGCUCCGGAUUCCAAUCUUCGUCAAGCUGAUUUAUCCUCGAACACCCCGGAAAACUAUCCAUCCAACGCGAUCAGCACCACCGAGAACUACCCCUCCCUGCAAGCGAAUCAAGCAUCGCCAUUGAUCUCCGAGGAUUAUUCGAGGAGUCAGAAUUAUCCUCAGAACCUUCAACAGGAUCCACGUUACCGCGGAGGGUACGAUCAGCCUGCUUUAGAACAGAGUGGCCUCGAAACGGCUCCGGUAAACGGAUUCAAUUAUCAGACGCAAAGUAGAGACACGUUCGAGCAGGAAAUUGUCCAGCGACCGAAGGACUAUCAAUUAGAUGGGAAAGCAGAGAACAGUGACAUCGAGUUGGCAACCACUGCGAGUCCACGGCUCGGUGCCCAGGAAGAGCAACGAUAUUCGUCGGUCUACGAGGUGAACGUACCACAGACGCAAGCGGAGUACGGUUCGAAUGGACAGAAUAAUUUACACCGUUUGGAGAGCGAAAAGAUUCAACCCGGCGCCGCUGAACCCGACAACCCGGUAUUCAUUCUACUGCCAGAGAACAAACAAGAGGAUUACGAGCUCUCUGUUUCCUCUACGGAGGCUCCGAUCUCUGAUAUCACAACAGAGGCUACCACGACGAGUACUACCCCCGUGAUAAUCCGUCAACGAGUUCGAGGACGCGUGGGCUCUCGCGUGCACCACGAGUCCUCGGUUCAAACCCGAAACAGAGGCUCCCAAGAUGAAUACGUUCGUUUCAACGUGGUCAAUCAAGAAUCCACUCGAACGUCUCCGAGUCGACAGCGAGGUAGAUCCAGAUCGCGUACCCAAAAUCAUGGGUCACAAGUUGAAACCGAUGGCAACGAGUACAUCAAGAUCCACGUCGCUCAGCAGCAGAAGCAGGUCGCCACCACGACCCCUCUGCCGCCUACGACUACCACAACCACCACUACCACCACCACCACUGUACGCCCAACGGAAGAGGACAUUGAUUACGGAUUUAUCAGGCCACCGAGUUUCCGACCGAUACAUCCGGUGGAUAACAGAUUUCAGGCACCUGUUACGUUCCGGCCCCAGCUUUCAGAGCAUCUUCUACAGGCGCCACACCAAUCGCUGUUACCCAAUGACGAAACCGCAGUGGAAUUGAAUCCUCCGCAGACACAGUUACUGAAAACUCGGCAAAAAUAUCAAUCAGCGCCGAAUCGUCGUUUACCAGGAAAAGCCACGACCCUACCACCGCCGACCACGACCAUAGAAACCAUCGCAAGCACCGAAAGAGUACCUGUUGCCACGCUGCUGCCCGAUGACAGUGUAUAUACAGAGAGACCAAAGCCCAGAACCGACGAGUCCAAACAGAGCAGAAUAAGGAGUAGAGUUCGACGACCCGGAAGAAAACGCGUGUCCAGCAGCAGUACCACUACCGAAUCGGUGUUGGAAGCACAUAACGAGCUACCAUUGGACGAAAAUUACCCUCGAAUACGUCCUCAAUCCACGAGUACUGAACAAGCACAGCAGCAAAAUCUGUACGAUGAUAAUUAUGAUGGCGGUGCACAGUUCCCUCCAGUGAGGAAUUCAGAGAGUCAACAGUUUUAUGAAACAUCCAGUGAGAAUUAUCCUGCCGAGUUCGUCCUGAAUUUUGGCAACUACCCAUCCCAACCGGUGCAACGCGAGGAAUAUGAUCAAACACAAUUAGCCAGCGAGCUACCACGAAGAUACAGUCAAGCAACUGGAGCAAAGACGAUCUCGGAAGAUUCUCGUGCGACGACGGCGGAUAUUUAUGGCGCCGAGAGUCAGUGGUCCACGAAAUUGACUAGGACCUCGUUCCAGCCGAGUUUCGCAGUGAACCGUGUACACGGAGAGGCGAAAAAUGAUCGUGAAUGGUUUCACGAGUCGUCGAAAGAUUCUAACGUUCCGGAUAUAAUCACCGCCGCGCCGGAAGUGUCGUCCGUCACGCUUGUGGUUUCUUCGGACGAUAAGAAGAGCGAGGAGACAGAGGAGGAAGAGGAGUCGAUGCUAAUGGGCACCACGAUAUUCGGCAGGAAAACGAACACGCAGGAUCACACGGAAGGGAUGAACGCUAGCGAUACAACGACUGAGACUCCCAGCACUAUAAUGAGAGAAACAGAAUUGAAGAGGGAUCCGCAGUCCUGGUUGAUGGACAGGGUGGAAAGUUCCACGGAGCAACGUGGCGAUAUUGAUUUCGAGAAAAGUCAGAAGAGGAUCGGCGAUGGCGGUGUCGUUAAAAAGGGUACACGAAGAAGAAGGGUUCGCGUACGGGUCAGACCAGCCGUGGACGACUUCGUCACAGCCGAGUCUCAGCAUUUCAAUUCAGCUCUGAACGGCAUAUUCAGAGAUCAAUACAAAUACAAUUCCGUCCGUGAAUCUAAGCAUUCAGCCUCGUCGAAUUCAGAUAAAUUCGAUCAACAAAAUUUCGAGAGCCUGAAGAACAACGAUCCGGUGAAGUCUACGUCCACCGAGGUACCAGAAGCUGCGUGGACCAUGCCUCCAGCAAUAACAACUCCGAUGAGUAUUCCUGACGAUACCGAAGAAACCACAACGGAGGAACAGAUUACCACUCUACCAACGACAAACGAGCCCGAAGAUACCACAAUUACACAAUCCUCGUACGAGGACUUUGUCUCUCGAUUCACCGAGUCGAGCGAUACCGUGGAAACCAGCGACGAGCCGAAAAAGAAGAAGGAUAACUGGAGGGAUAAAAGCGUUCGAGUGUCCUUGAACCUCGGAUCGAUCGCGGACGCGAUGAAGGAGAACGACGUUAACAAAUUAAGCUCCAACGAGGCAGCUCGCGAUGAAAAAUUAAACAAAGUAGAGAAAGAGAGCUCGGUAGAAAAUGAAGAAUCGAACGAGGAGAACGAUGAUCAUCCGAAGAAUCAUCGAGCAAAGUGGAGCGAGGUGAGGUAUCCUUCCUCCCUCGACCAUCCUCAAGCGUCCGGUUGGAAGUACGAACGAAAAACUGGCGGCAAAUCCGCUUCGAUUCCUGGAUUGGUUACCAAACAGGAGGGAGACAACAGCGUGAAGACGCUCUCCGAUUACGUGCAGGCUAUCUUCGACACGAUGAAGAGCGCGGAAGAGGAAACUACUAUCGCCGAGGCUGAAAGGCCAGAAGAAUCCACGACUCUUCAGACUCCGUUCGACAACGAGUUCGUUGAAAGUCAGGAAAGGACAACGACGAAGGACGUCGAGGAUAAAACGACCGCUCGUUCGACUUUCGACGAAGAGCAGCAGACGACGAGAAACGUGGACGUAAAUGGCAAAGCGGAGAGCACAGAACCGACGACUAACAUCGAUCUGGAGAACGCAACGACCGCGGAGAAGGUUACUACAAGCCAGGAAAACGUCACCAGUUCGUCAUCCGAGUAUUCGACGGAUCUACCUACGACCACUCCUCCAAGGACCACUCCGUCGACCAAUAAUUCGACAGAGACCAUCCUUGGAAAAAUCCUGAGAACCUCGACGACCACCAAGGUCUCGCACAUGACGGAAAUUUGUUACAGAGGUCGGUGCGUGAUGACCAGGCCCAGUAGAGAAGUUCGUCUGAGAUGAAGUUCAACUUGAUCGAGAUUCCUCGUUCGAUUCGAAAACGCGGCUUGAAUGGACGCGUGACUGAACGGGCCUCGUUGUUCGCCACCUUCGUAACCGAGUGAUUUCUUAUUUAUAGAACGGAAGGCUAUCAGAGUUUCCAGGAUGAAUAUAGACAACGGUGAUGAGAGUUUGCAGAGUAAUUGUAUGAUUUUUUAGAGAGAUGC